AUGAUUGAGAUUGAAGAGGAAAUAAUCCGCACAAUAGAAGAGAUAGACAAUACGUUUUCUUCCAUCAACAGAACAUUGAGAAACAUACGAGGGUCUAUUGAAAGCAUAGGUAAGAACAACCGAAAAAUAAGCGAAGGCCUAAGUCCAUGGAUAAGGUUUUUUUCAGUUGAAUCAUCCGAAAGCGAAGAAAGCGAGUUACUAACCACAGAAAAUGAGCCAAGAUUGGUGGAAGAGCCCAGCUUCCAAAACAUAUGUGUUACCGAAGGAAGUCCAAUAUCGAUGAAGCUUUCAUCUCCAAGAAAUCCAUUUGUUGACAGUACCUCGUCGGAGAUGUUAAACAAGACGUUUCUCGGAGAUCUUUCGGCAAGGUUCCACACAAGUAACGCUGAAAACGAAUCAUCAAGCUUUGUCAAAAUAGUAGAAGAAAAAGCCUUUGAGUCCUACGAAGAGACAGAGUCAUCUGAUAACAUAUUUCCGUUUAAUCCUGGCAUGCUUCCUCCAUUGUUCAGGAACGAAGAGGGUCUUUUUCUAGUGUACGAGAUUAUCUCGAGGGCCCCAAUCACGUUGGAGGAGAUUUACAAUGAGAUUUCUACAAUCCCAAGAGAAAAGAUAAACAUAUUUGUUGAUCUUCUCCUGAGAAAGAGAUUUAUAGGUAGAGAAGGAAAUACAUUCCGAACUGCAUAA